GUGCGCCCCUCCUACGUCGCCGGGAGCCCGGCCAGAGCGAGCGCGGGCCCGGCGCGCAGGAGUGAAAAGGAGGCGGCGGCCGCGGCUGCGAGCAACAGAUCCCGGCGCCGCGAGCAGACGCUCUUUGCGGCGGGGUCAUUUCUUUUCUCAUUUUUUUAGUAAUAAUUAAAUCUGAAAAUCUUCCUUUUUUUAAAUGGCGCUGGCCCGGGGUCGGCGGGCGGCUUUCUCUGCAUCAAGAUGGGCUUUGCCGUCUCCGUCGUGGGCACCAGUGGUGGCCUGAUUGUCAGUUUUCUCCGGGCAUUUUUGAGGCCAGGGGCCGAGCCGUGCAUGUAGGCAAAUCGCCCGGCGGAUCGGUCUGGUUCUCGGCAUCAUUGUUAUUGGGGGCGGAGAACAGUGACUCGCGCACCCGCGCCCUGCAGACCAGGCUGCAGGCCGGCCCCGAGGGCGAGGUUCCUGCCGGGUGACGAGCCCGGCCCGCGCAGUCCAGCGGCCCGCGAGUGCGUCCUCCUGCGGCGCCGGGAAAAUGGAGGCUGUGAUUGAGAAGGAGUGCGGCGCGCUCGGCGGCCUCUUCCAGACCAUCAUCAGCGACAUGAAGGGGAGCUACCCAGUCUGGGAAGAUUUUAUAAACAAAGCAGGAAAGCUGCAGUCCCAGCUGCGGACAACAGUAGUAGCAGCAGCUGCCUUCUUGGACGCCUUUCAGAAAGUGGCUGACAUGGCCACCAACACACGUGGUGGUACCAGGGAGAUCGGCUCGGCCCUCACCAGGAUGUGCAUGAGGCACAGAAGCAUCGAAGCCAAGCUGAGGCAGUUUUCGAGUGCUUUAAUUGAUUGUCUGAUAAAUCCACUUCAAGAGCAGAUGGAAGAGUGGAAGAAAGUGGCCAACCAGCUGGAUAAAGACCAUGCGAAAGAAUAUAAAAAAGCCCGCCAAGAGAUAAAAAAGAAGUCCUCAGAUACGCUGAAAUUGCAGAAGAAAGCAAAAAAAGUGGACGCCCUGGGGAGAGGUGACAUCCAGCCCCAGUUGGACAGUGCUCUCCAGGACGUCAACGACAAGUAUCUCCUGUUGGAGGAAACAGAGAAGCAGGCGGUCCGCAAGGCUCUGAUCGAAGAACGGGGCCGGUUCUGCACCUUCAUCUCCAUGCUGCGGCCAGUGAUUGAAGAGGAAAUCUCGAUGCUGGGGGAAAUCACCCACCUGCAGACCAUAUCGGAAGACCUGAAGAGCCUGACCAUGGACCCUCACAAACUGCCCUCCUCAAGCGAACAGGUGAUUUUGGACUUGAAAGGUUCUGAUUACAGUUGGUCCUAUCAGACGCCACCCUCUUCUCCCAGCACCACCAUGUCCAGAAAGUCCAGCGUCUGCAGCAGCCUCAACAGUGUCAACAGCAGCGACUCGCGCUCCAGCGGCUCCCAUUCGCACUCUCCCAGCUCGCAUUACCGCUACCGCAGCUCCAACCUGGCCCAGCAGGCGCCCGUGAGGCUGUCCAGCGUGUCCUCCCAUGACUCAGGAUUCAUAUCCCAGGAUGCCUUCCAGUCCAAGUCGCCCUCCCCCAUGCCGCCUGAGACUGCCAACCAGUUGUCUAAUGGGUUUUCUCACUGUAGUUUAUCAAGUGAGGCCCACGUGGGGCCCGUGGGUGCAGGCCCUUUCCCUCACUGCCUGCCCGCCUCCCGCCUGCUCCCUCGGGUCACCUCUGUCCACCUUCCAGACUGCGCACAUUAUUACACCAUUGGGCCUGGCAUGUUCCCGUCAUCUCAGAUCCCUAGCUGGAAGGACUGGGCGAAGCCAGGCCCCUAUGACCAGCCGCUGGCGAACACCCUGCAGCGCCGCAAGGAGAAGCGGGAGCCCGACACCAGUGGGGGUGGACCUGGCACCGGGGGAGGCCCGGUGGGGGGUGAGGAGGCGCAGAGACCACGCAGUAUGACCGUGUCGGCUGCCACCAGGUCUGGGGAGGAGAUGGAGGCUUGUGAGGAGCUGGCCCUGGCCCUGUCCCGGGGCCUCCAGCUGGACACGCAGAGGAGCAGCCGCGACUCGCUGCAGUGCUCCAGCGGCUACAGCACACAGACCACCACGCCGUGCUGCUCCGAGGACACCAUCCCCUCCCAAGUUUCAGAUUAUGAUUACUUCUCCGUAAGUGGUGACCAGGAAGCAGAGCAGCAGGAGUUUGAUAAAUCCUCUACCAUCCCAAGGAACAGUGACAUCAGCCAGUCCUACCGACGAAUGUUCCAAGCCAAGCGCCCAGCCUCGACGGCCGGCCUCCCCACCACCCUCGGACCUGCUAUGGUCACCCCGGGGGUCGCAACCAUCCGGCGGACCCCUUCUACCAAGCCUUCUGUCCGCCGGGGGACCAUAGGAGGCGGUCCCAUCCCCAUCAAGACCCCAGUGAUUCCUGUCAAGACACCAACAGUCCCAGACCUCCCUGGGGUGCUGCCAGCCCCUCCAGAUGGGCCAGAGGAGCGGGGUGAACACAGCCCCGAGUCACCGUCCGUGGGCGAGGGCCCGCAGGGCGUCAUGACCAUUCCCUCCUCCAUGUGGAGUGGCCAGGCUGCAGUCAACCCUCCACUCCCAGGCCCAAAGCCAAGUAUCCCUGAGGAGCACAGACAGGCAAUUCCAGAAAGUGAGGCUGAAGACCAAGAAAGGGAUCCCCCAAGUGCCAGCGUCUCCCCAGGCCAGCUGCCAGAGAAUGACCCUGCAGACCUGAGCCCGAGGGAUACCCCGCAGGGAGAAGACAUGCUGAAUGCCAUCCGCAGGGGUGUGAAGCUGAAGAAAACCAUGACAAACGACCGCUCUGCCCCUCGCUUCUCUUAGGCUCCCAGUGGAGGAUGGACUCUAAUUAAUAAAACCUAAUUUGUCUUGAUCCAUUCCAGUCUAUAAUCAAAAAAUUUUGUAGGCAAUUCAGAAUUCAGCUCUUUUGAAAAUACUCAACAUAUUUAGAUAAGAAAAGCAAAAUAUGUAACUGACAUAAUCUUGAUCUUUUAAUUUGUAAAUAUUGACACUUUUCUCCUGCACAUUUUAAUCUUAGUUUCCCUUUUGAUUUUUCUGAAGGUGCCAAAUUCCAUUUAACUUUUUUAUAAGUCUUUGUAAAAUUUUAAAUGCAUAGGGGGGUGGGCUGGGGCAGGGGAACCACAGAGUAGUUAAUUUCAGAAAAGGAUUACUAUACUUCGUUUUUUCUCAUCCCAGCCCCUGCAAGCCUUUGUAGAUGCUUUGUAGUAGUCUAGCUUAGAAGCAAAUUCAAGUUAUUUUAAUGUACAAACAAAAUGGGUAAGGGGUAAAAUUCUCAUUUAAAUAUACUAUGUUCUGGAUAAGAAAAGCAAGACUAACCACUGAACAAUAUUCAGAGAAGUACAUCUGAAAAAGGUAGACUGCUGGGGGGAGGGCGUGGGAGGGCACUGUCAGCGUAGCCGAUCCUGCUACCUUUAAGGUUGAAUUUCUGUAGCCCUGUAGGUUGAGUUUCUAGUAGCUUCAUGGUAAAUGCAUCCAAAUAAGCCAUACUGGAUUGCAGUGUUUUGUUUCUGUAGGGUGUUUAAGGACUCCUUCCUCCCACAG